AUGGAUGCCGAUCAGACAACAACCGACGAAUCGGAACAUUCCGGUACUGACGACUCACCCUACAAUUCUGACAAUGAAUCAAGAAGUGAAGAUGAAGAACCAGGUGAACUGGAAACCAUUGCUUCAGAAGACUUUGUGCAAGACAUGGUCAAGCAGCUCCUAUCAAAAGGCUACAAAGGACCAAAAAUUCUUGAGAUUCUGCUAGUUCGGCAUAACAUUUCCUUGUCUGCUAGCUCACUGACUCGCUACCGAAAGCUCUGGGGCCUCAGACAUUGCGAUAUACCCCAACCCACUCAAGUAGAACUGUCACCUCAGAUUCGUGCAUCUAUCAUGUCCUCACAUUCCAAAGGCCUGAAUUUGCAAGAAAUCCAAGCAAGACUUGCUAAGGAGACGGGCAUCACAGUUCACUUACGGACUGUCAAAAGAUACUUGCGCCGACUCCGACUGAAGCUAAAUGUAAACGAUCUGACGGAGGGAAAUGUGACACUGAGUCAAGUCUACGAAGCCAUUGACCAUAUACAGCGGUACCUACUACAUAACAACACUGGUUAUCGACAAAUGAAGACUCUUCUUAUGAGAAACUACAAUAUUCGCAUUCCCCGGUGA